AUGUCGCGAGUGAGCUGGCCUGGGACAUGGUCAGCUUCUACACGGGAAACAACACCGGCGACACACCCGGAAACCUACCAGAGCCAUACUACUGGCGACACCACAUACAACAACAUCACGAUGCAGGCAAUUCUCCAUCAAGCAUCCCCAACAGCCGACUUCAUGCCUCCCAACCAAACGCGGACUGAAGGAAAUGACGACCAGGCCUUCUGGGCAUUUACGGCGCUGCGGGCGGCAGAGUUGAAUUUCGAGAACCCCCCGGACGACCAGCCGUCGUGGCUGGCUUUGGCACAGGCGGUGUUCAACCAGCAGUCUGAACGGUGGAAUACCGAAAAAUGUGGUGGAGGGCUCAAAUGGCAGAUAUACUCCUUCAACAACGGAUACAACUAUCGAAAUGCGAUCUCGAACGGGUGUUUCUUUAACAUCGCCGCUCGACUGGCCCGAUAUACAGGGAACAACACUUACACCGAGUGGGCGGAGAAGAUGUGGGAUUGGACGUCAGGCGUAGGGAUCAUCGGGCCAAAAAUGCAGGUGUAUGAUGGAACGAGCGAUACGAACAAUUGCACCGACAUGAACCACAACCAAUGGACGUAUAACAACGGGGUGUUCCUGCACGGAGCGGCUCAUAUGUGGAAUUAUACUGGCGAUGAAAAGUGGAAGCAGCGGAUAGAGGGCCUGUUGGACGCGCAAAGCGUGUUCUUGUCCCAGAACGCGUCGUCCAAGAACGUGGUAUAUGAAUCACUGUGUGAGACGUAUGGAACAUGCGGAACAGAUCAGUUCUCCUUUAAGGGGUACUUGGCACGAUGGAUGGGCGAUGUAGCCAAGCUGGCUCCAUUCACGCGCGACACCAUUCUGGAGCGUCUCCGGGCUACUGCGCAGGCGGCGGCCGCACAAUGCGUCGGAGGCAAGACGGGAACAUAUUGCGGAAUGCGCUGGACAACCGGGACUUACGAUGGUACCACCGGCGCAGGCGAGCAGAUGUCAGCACUGGAGUUUGUGCAGAGCAAUCUUUUGGAUACGGUGAAUGGUCCUAUGACGACGCGCACCGGAGGAACAAGCAAGGGAGAUGCCUCUGCUGGGACUGGAUCAGGUUCAGACAAGGAUCCUACUGAGCCCAAGCCCAUUACCACCGCUGAUAGAGUCGGAGCGGCAUUUGGGACAGUUGGGGUUGUGGGGAUGAUCAUCGCAUGGACAUGUUUGAUGGUGACAUGA